GGAGCCUGGAGAGAGGCAACAGGCACCAAAUACAGGAAAUCAUGUGGAGAGGAUCUUUUAUUUAUUACGGGUUCCCAUAUUACUUCCCCUCCCCCAGCCUCCGCCUCCACCUCCAGCCACACUGUGUCUUCCAGCUUUUUCCUGCGGCAGAGAAGAAGGCAGUUCACCUCUGCUCCCUGAGGUCUGUUUGAGCCCUGAGGAUCUGAAACUGGUCUGGUAAAAACGCCUCCCUCCUGUGGUCGUGUGAUUGAAUGGGAGGCCUUUGAAUUUCACCUCACCUAGGAGGUUCAGGGGAAGAUCUCCAGUACAGGGUCAGAUUUUAGGACGCUGCAAAUCCCAGAAGAGCAAGAUUCCUGAUAUUAGAUGCAAGUAGUGACAAUGUCUAUGAAGUGAUGGCCAAGAGGCUGAUUUUAUUUAUCCUGCUGUGAUAAUUGGCUGCCAGGAUGGUGCUCACCCCUUCGCUGGUGACUUCUUUUGGUUGCUAUUGAGAAUCAAGCAGCGAGCCUCUUGCGGAUGGCGCUGUGAGGCUUGGAGGAGCACCACGGGCAGGGGAGGCGCGGGAGAGAGGGGAGGCCGAGCUGGGCACCCAGCUGCCAGUCCUGCCCGAGCCCUCACAAUGAAUCCUGCUCAGCUUUGCCUUCAUCGGGUGUAGGUUUCCUUGAAGACUGCGGGGCAGAUGGCCUCAUAGUGGAAACCUGGAUGGUUUUAGUCGUCUGAUCAGAGCAGAAGCCAGCCUGGGGACGGCGGUGCUGGACAGGCAAAGCAACUCAAUCCUAAAGAAAUGAAAUCCCCAAGGAGAACCACAUUGUGCUUCAUGCUUAUUGUGAUUUAUUUUUCCCAAGCUACAUUGAACUUGAAUUUAGAAUCUAUUGUUCAUCCUUUGAUUCUCCAUGAACAUGAACUAACAGAGAAGGAGCCACUAAGGGAAAAACGAGCAGUUGCCUCAAGCAGCCCAGUACCUGCAGAGUAUACUGUUGAUGUGGAGAUCAGUUUUGAAAAUGCCUCCUUACUGGAGCCUAACAGAGCUUAUGUGAACAGCCUCAGUUUCCCAAUUCCAGGGAACAGCACUGACCUGGGCACCAACAUUUUAAGCAUUGAGGUGACAACAGUCUGCAGACCUGCUGGAAAUGAAAUCUGGUGCUCCUGUGAGGCGGGCUAUAGGUGGCCUCAGGAAAAGUGCCUCCACAAUCCCACUUGUCAAGAGCAUGACAGCUCCCUUGCGGGGCAUCGUUGCAGUUGCCUGAAAGGACUACCUCCCAAGGGACCUUUUUGCCAGCUCCAGGGAGCAGAUGUUACUUUAAGAAUGUCAGUCAGACUCAAUGUGGGCUUUCAGGAGGACCUCAAGAAUUCUUCCUCUGCUCUCUAUAGGUCCUACAAGACUGACCUGGAAACAGCGUUCUGGAAAGGUUACAGUACUUUACCAGGCUUCAAAUUGGUGACUGUGACAGGAUUCAGGCCCGGAAGUGUGGUUGUGACAUAUGAGGUGAAGACUACAACACCAUCACCUCGAUUGAUGCAUAAAGCAAAUGAGCAAGUGAUGCAGAACCUGAAUCAGACCUACAGAAUGGACUACAGUUCCUUUCAAGCCGUUACUAGCAAUGAAACUAAGUUCACCAUCAUACCAGAAAUCAUUUUUGAAGGGGACACGGUAAACAUGAUGUGUGAAACCGACGUUUUGUCCUCUAACGUGUCCUGGCACCAUGUUGAAAGGCACUCUGACAUCCAGAACAGCAGCAGAUUCUCGGUUUACACCACCGUGCUGAACAACAUGACCUCAGUCUCCCGCCUCACGAUUUACAACAUCACCCAGCGGGAUGCAGGUGAAUAUAUUUGCAAGCUGACAUUAGAUAUUUUUGAAUAUGAGUCCAGAAAAAAAAUAGAUGUCACGCCCAUCCGAAUUUUGGCAACUGAAGAAAUGAAGGUGACGUGUGACAACAAUCCUAUAUCUUUGAACUGCUGCAGUGAGAUUAAUGCUAACUGGAGCACAAUAGAAUGGAAGCAGGAGGGGAAAAUAAACAUUCCAGGCAACCCUGAAACUGACCUGGAGUCCAGCUGCAGCAGAUACACCCUCAAGGCAGAUGGAACCCAGUGUCCGAGUGGGUCGGCUGGAACCACGGGCAUCUUUGUGUGUGAGUUCAUCAGCACCUACGGAGCCAGAGGCAGUAAGAGCAUAGAAGUGACGUUCAUCUCUGUGGGAGAUAAUUCCAGCCACAAAGGGGAAGUGCACGAGAUCCUCAGGCAUGAUACGGAAAUGAGUACAGUUCAGAGCACCACCGGGAACAGCCUAGAAACAAGUAAAGCCCAGGAGCAGCAAGCCAACCUAACAAUAACCCCGGACCCAAUUUCUGUUUCUGAGGGACAAAACUUUUCCAUAAAGUGCAUCAGCGAUGUGAGUAACUAUGAUGAGGUAUACUGGAACACGUCUGCUGGAAUUAAAAUAUACCAAAAGUUUUAUACCACGAGGAGGUUUUCUGAUGGAGCAGAGUCAGUGCUGACAGUGAAGACUGUGACCCGGGAGUGGAACGGAACCUAUCACUGCAUAUUUAGAUACAAGAAUUCGUACAGUGUCAUAAUGAAAGAUGUGACCGUUUACCCACUGCCUCUAGAGCCAAACAUCAUGGUUGAUCCUCUGGAGGCUACAGUUCCCUGCAAGGGUUCCCAUCACUUCAGAUGCUGCAUUGACGAGGAUGAGAACUACAGAGUGACUUUCCAAGUGGAUUCCUUAUCCUUUCUUGCAGAAAAAGAAGUUAAUGGCAAGCAAGUGUGCUACAAAUACAAGUUCAUGGCAAGGACAUCAGUUUCCUGGUGUCCAAAAAAGCUGGACAUAUUUUGUCACUUUACCAAUGCUGCUAAUAAUUCAGUCCGGAGCCCAUCUAUGAAGCUUAAUGUGGUUCCUGGAAAGAACAUCAUGUGCCGAGAUCCCAUAAUAGGUGUUGGGGAGCCUGGAAAAGUCAUCCAGAAACUCUGCCAUUUCUCAAAAGUACCAAACAUCUCUGGAGGUCCUACUGGAGGGAUCAUAACUUACAAAUGUGUAGGCUCCCAAUGGGAGGUGAAGAAAAAUGACUGCAUCUCUGCCCCAAUAAAUAGUCUGCUCCAGCUGGCCAAGGCUUUGACCAAGAGCCCCACUCAGGAUAAGAAGCUCCCAACAUACCUAAAGGAUCUUUCUAUUAGCACAGGCAAGGUAAAACAUGAAGUCAGCUCAUUUCCUGGGAGCCUGGGAGCCAUCGUUAACAUCCUUGAUUUGCUUUCAACAGUUACAACCCAAGUGAAUUCAGAGAUGAUGAUGAACGUUCUCUCUACGGUUAACACUGUCCUCAGCAAGCCCAUGUUGAGUACCUGGAAGGUGUCCCAACAGCAUCAGACCAACCAGAGCUCACAGCUACUGGAUUCAGUAGAAAGAUUUUCCCGAGCAUUACAGACAGAAGACAGCACCUUUUUAUCCAUCAACCAAACUAACGUGCAGAUGAGGAGCAUGGUAAUAAAAACUGGCCAUCCAAAAACCUACAAGCAGAGCUUUGUUUUCUCAGACUUGGACCUCUGGGGCAAUGUGGCCAUUGACAAGUGCGAGGUGGGAAGCCUGCAGCAAGAUUCAUCUAUUGUCACCGUGGCUUUCCCAACUCUCCAAACCAUCCUCACUCAGGAUGUUCAAGGAAAGAAUUUUGCCAACAGCUUAGUGAUGACAACCACCGUUAGCCACAACAUAACCAUGCCAUUUAGGAUUUCAAUGACUUUUAAGAACAUCAAUCCUUCAGGUGGGGUACCACAAUGUGUCUACUGGAAUUUCAACCUCGCCAACCACACAGGGGGUUGGGAUAGUAGUGGGUGUUAUGUGCACAAUGUCGAUGGGGACAGUGUCUCCUGCAUCUGUGACCACCUAACAUCAUUCUCCAUCCUCAUGUCCCCCGACUCUCCGUACCCUGGUUCCCUCCUGGAAAUACUACUGGAUAUCAUUUCCUACAUUGGGUUAUGCUUUUCCAUCUUGAGCUUAGCAGCCUGUCUAGUGGUGGAAGCUGUGGUGUGGAAAUCAGUGACCAAGAAUCGGACUUCCUAUAUGCGCCACACCUGCAUAGUGAACAUUGCAGCCUCUCUUCUGGUUGCUGACAUCUGGUUCAUUGUGGCUGCUGCCAUCCACGACCAUUUGUACCCCCUCAAUGAGACAGCCUGUGUGGCUGCAACCUUUUUCAUCCACUUCUUCUACCUCAGCGUCUUUUUCUGGAUGCUGACUCUGGGCCUCAUGCUCUUCUACCGCCUGGUUUUUAUCCUGCAUGACACAAGCAAGUCCAUUCAGAAGACUAUUGCAUUUUCUCUUGGCUAUGGCUGCCCUCUUGUCAUCUCAGUCAUCACAGUGGGGGCCACCCAACCCCAAGAAGUCUACACCAGGAAGAAUGCCUGCUGGCUCAACUGGGAGGAUACCAAGGCCCUGCUGGCCUUUGUCAUCCCAGCACUGAUCAUUGUGGUGGUGAACAUGACCAUCACGGUUGUGGUCAUCUCCAAGAUCCUGAGACCUUCCAUUGGAGACAAGCCAAGCAAGCAGGAGAAGAGUAGCUUAUUUCAGAUCAGCAAGAGCAUUGGGGUCCUAACACCACUCUUGGGGCUCACCUGGGGUUUUGGUCUUGCCACUGUGUUCCAAGGAAGCAAUGCUGUGUUCCAUAUUAUAUUUACACUCCUCAAUGCCUUUCAGGGAUUAUUCAUUUUGCUCUUUGGAUGCCUCUGGGAUCAGAAGGUACAGGAAGCCUUGCUAAAGAAGUUUUCACUGUCAAGAUGGUCUUCUCAGCACUCAAAGUCAACAUCCCUAGGUUCAUCUACACCAGUAUUUUCUAUGAGUUCUCCAAUAUCAAGAAGAUUUAACAAUUUAUUUGGAAAAACAGGAACGUACAAUGUUUCCACCCCAGAAACAACCAGUUCAUCCCUGGAAAACACAUCCAGUGCUUACUCCUUGCUCAACUAAGAACAGGAAAAUCUACCCACGUGACUUCUUAAAGGACAGCGGAUAUGCUCUGAAAAAAAAAAAAUCAUUUCAAAGCCAUGGGUAAAAUGUUUUCUCCGCAGGCUUCCUGGAGCAAAUGCUGAAGAGACUUUUGCAUUAGGGAAAAGAAGCUUCCUUUUGUAAAGACAGACUAAAAGUCAUUGUUAAGUUUAUUUGCUGCCCCACCCCCACCCCUUGUGUGAUACUAUACAUGUACAGUAUUUAAGUGAAAUUCAAGCCCCCAGAGGCCCAACGCCCCUGUCUAUAUUGUAAAAUAGAAAUUCAAAGAGACAUUUCUACUUUUCACAUGUUGGGCACAAGCAUAAGCUUUGAUUAAAAUAAUAAGCAUGAGGCUAGGACCUAAGAAAUACUUCAGUGAACUCUAAGAAGGAAGGAAGAAAAGAAGGAAAUAGGAAAAAAAGGAAAAAAAUAGAGAAAAACAAUCAAGAGCCACAGUUUAAAAUUUCCAUGUUAACUUAAUUAUUCUGAUACUGUAACAUGGAGAAUACAAAAGUGACUCAAAAACGGAAACUGAAAUGAGCCAUGGAGAAAGUUUGGUAUCUUCCUGGUAUUUUCUUAGCUAGGAGAGAAAAAUUAAAAAAAAAAAAAAAAAAGAAAAAGAAAAAGAAAGAAAGAAAGAAAGAAAAGGCACCGGGAAGAGAUAGGGAGGAAAUUCUAACAUUGGGAUGCUUUCAAGUGGAUAAUAAUAUUUUCAAGGGAUGCAUGGAAGGAGACGUAAUUCUCCUGAUGCUAAACACACACAUAUAUGCUGGUGCAUGUUAAGGUUUGAGCUCAGUGGACGGAGCAAGCAGAGGAAGUGGGAUAGCCGUGCUUUAUCAGAUACAAGCAGAUCCAACUGCUAGUUACAUUUUUUACCAUUUUUUGGAGCAGCCUUACAUUUUGGUCUGAUCCACUUUUUGAAGACAAAAAAUAUCUAUUUUUAUAUCCAUCACUUGCCAAAUGUGACAUAUUGUGAUAUAAAUGUGAUAUAUUGCACUGAAAACAGAUCCUGACUGUCGUAUAUUAUAUUUAACAGCUUUAACCAGGUACUUCUCUGUGCAUCAUAGAAUAGAUUUUAAUAAUCUUAUGGCAUUGUUUAUCAUUGUGGUUGCUACUGUGCAUUUAGGGGCCCUUGGUGUGUGGUAUAGCCCUUACAUUCCAAGACCAAUAUACAUUAAGAGUUUUGUACUGUCUAAUUUGUGUUUGUUCCAACCACUCGGAAAUCUUCUGGAAUGAAAUGUUAUGGUUGGCUACUCUCUGCUCCCAGUGAUGCUUUACCUUGAUGAGCAGAUGGUGGAGUUUCCCCCAAGGAUUUGAUUAUUUGUGAAUUAUGUCCAAAUGUGUGUGUGUGUUUCUUUUGGUGUGUGCAUUUCAUAAAAAUACAAAUAUUUAUUAAAAUUGCAUCCAUAUUAAAGUUAAGCAUGUGAUGUAGCCACAGCAGCCAUACAUUCCAAAUUGAAGUCUGAUCCCAGAGAGACAGUGAAGCAGAAUAAAAAUGUGGGGCUACUCGGGAAAUGGGGGCCAUGUGGUCUUCAAAUGAACUGAGAACCAGAACAGAUCUAAACAUCAGGAAGGUAGGACAAAGGAGGCUGUGAUGUAGCAACCUUUUAUUUAUUAAGUUUCAAAAGAGUUUCCUUUUAAUAUUUUAACUCCUUCACCUCUCUUCUUUUUAUCCUUAAUUUUAUAUUCUACUUCUGCCUCUCUUCUUCAGGGGGCGAAGCAAGUGGGGCAAGUAGAAGUCCUCAUAAUGUUGCAAGUAAAUAAGCUCUUCGUUUCUACAUGUUCACAAAUGAUGUAGACAUCUACUCCCACACUUUCUGGAAAUUGUCACAAAAGGAAAUGAUUAAGCUAUAAAAUUCUCCAGGGAUGGUCACCUCUGGGCAGAACUCAGUACGGAGGAGACAGAGCCAGAAGCUAGGCUAGAGGUCAAUGGAAUGAGAAUUAGAAGUUGGAGAGAGAAUGGCCUGGAGUAAUCUCAGGAAUAACAGAGGCAGGGUUAUAUAGCACAAUGUGUGAGCCCGACCAUCCUGACAUGAUCAGCCGAAGAAAGCAUGGCACUCAGGAGGAGCUCAAAAACACAGUGGGGCAAGAAACACUGAACUUCCACCCACGAAGGGAUUCUAUGGGAAGCACUGUGUUGUGAGGGGAACCUCUAUAAUGGCAGGAACCUUCGCAGAGUUCAUAGGAUGUGGAUUUGGCCCUUUGCCCAUGUGCAUUAACUGACACAUGUUCCCUUACCCCCAACACGCACACAUGCACACACACGUGUGCACGUACUUUGUAGCUUUCAAGCUACAACACCAGAUCCAAAUUCCAGAACACCUACGAAAACAAAAACUUAGAGACAUUCUUACUGGUUUUCUGCUCAACUGCAAGAUACAUAGCUCAACCACUGCCGUUUGCCAAGAAUAUCCUAAAAUAAUAGAAUUCAAAAUUGUAAAAGAGAGCAGUCCAUGAGUCCAUGAGCUCUGUGAAAGCAGGAGUCCUGUCUAGUCCUGUGUUCAUUAGUUCACAAUCAACAGUGAUUGCAAAGCUUUCAGCAGCAGAUUUCUAAGGAAGAGGAAGAAGGAAUGUCGGCUCUGAUGUUGGUACAAAGUGAGCUGUGUGGUCUGCUCUGCUUGCAACGUGCCCAAUGCUUCCUCAUGUUCCGGACCCCUCUUGGUGAACAAAGUCAGUUCCAAGGGCCAAAAUUUACUUGCAUUAAAAGGCUUUCUAUUAAGUCAAUUUCUUGCAAAGGGAUCUGUGCUAAUGCUUCAGAGGUUGUGAGGUUAAAGCAUUCACAAAUGUGCAAUUAAUAUAAACUACAGAAAUAUUCUUUGGGAAUAUUGUUAAGUCCCGUGUAACAGGUCAUGUCUUGAAGUAGUCAUGUGUCCACCAUCCUCCUCCCUACUUCUUACAUAUGGAGAAAGAAGUAAAUAAAGAUCCAUGGGCUCUUCAGGAUAUAAGUUGCUAAAGCCAGGCAUCCAGGCAUGAAGGAACACUGAGAAGUCCUAGCCUUUUGUCAUUUGUGUAGAGAAGUUCAGAGAGAUCAGUGUUGACGGUUAAACAAAAGUGACACGGAGAGGAGAAAGAUCAUAGCAACCCGUAGGCACAGGGGCAGGGGGUGGAGUUAUCUGAGGGGAGGGAGACAGAAAGUCCACCAUCACCAUUUGAGAAGACAGAGGGAGACCAGUAUGGUCACAGAAAUCCCAUGUAGAUGGAAUGCCUUUGAUGGGUGGCACGUGAAGGUGAUGUCAGAUAGACCUUGUGCAUCCCGAAGGGAGCCGGUGACCCAGGCCAAUGGAAGUCUGAUUCCCUGAGUGUCCAAAAUAAAGGAGGGGUUUACAGUGGGUGUUAUCUUUCUGUGAUAUCGUUAAAAAGUCGAUAAAAAUCGUGUCUCAUUUGAAAGAUGUUAGUUUUGAAAUGAGAAGCUACAGGUUUCUAACAUUAUGACUGGGGAUAUUAAAUCAUGUCAUAGUAGUAUGUCAGCACACAGCUGUGUGUCCUUUCCAUGCUUAUAACAAUAAAAUAUCUAGUGAGA